AUCCCUUAGAAAAAUAAAUAUUAGAAAGGGCGAACGACGCUGGGAAAGAGCGAGAAGAAGCCAGAAGAGAAGAUAAAGAAGAAUAGACCGAUGAAAAGAGGGAUAGUGAGGCGGGAGGAAGCGAAACACGAGCGUAAUCAAACUGUCAUGCCACUCCACAAGUCGUCCCACAAGGCACCUCGCCUGGACCCCACCAUGAUCUCAGCUCCGCUGGGGGACUUCCGCCACACCAUGCACAUCGGGAGGGGCGGAGAUGCUUUCGGUGACACCUCCUUCCUGGCUACUGUCGGCCCCAGCCCUGACCCUGGGUCUCCGGGUGCCACGGCAACAAACGACUCAAUGGCGCCCGUUGAUUCCGAGACGCCACUUAACCACACUGAUGAUGUCACGGAUGGCUUCGGAAGCCCACUGAACAGUGAGCUUCAGCAUUCCGAGUCGGUGUCGUCUUUCACACUCGAUAUGGAUUUCGACCUGGGCCCAUCCAUCAUGGGUGAUGUGCUGGGGGUGAUGGAUGGACUGGGGCUGGACUCAGACUGGACUAGGACUCGCGCUAAUGAGGAAGACGUCUUCAGUCCAAGCAAAAGUCUUGUCGUUGAAGUGGAGCAUUUUAAAAUGGCGGCGGAGGAUCAGUCUGUCAGCAUAAGGAACGAGCUGAAUGAGAAGAAGCUUUUAGGGAUCGAGGGAGAUGAGAUGGGAGAUGGAAGGAUAAUAGAGGGGACUGGAGGGAUCAAGGCCAAAGGCCAGAGGCCGAAGGUGAGAUUCAGCGACAAACGAGAGGAGAUCAUUCGCCAAGCGUCGGAGGAGGAAGGUCAGGGGUUAGAUGUUGAGGAAGAGUGUGUGAGUCCCACCGAGGAAGAUCGAGAGAGAGGGAACAACGUCAUCAGCGUGUCAAUCGCGGGAAUAGAGGUACAGCCCACCAAUCACAAGGCGGAUUCACCUUCCAGUCCCGCCUCCUCACACAGCUCAGAGUAUGAGGGUGUCACCCCAUUGGACAGGAGGAGGGUUGACAACUGUCACUCAGAGACUGAUUCUGAGGAAGGGGGAGACAAUGGACGGGGCUACACAUUUGAAGAUGAGUUUGAUGAUGAAAUCGGCCUAUAAGAGUGCUACGGGGCAUCUUACGUCAAUCAAUCAGAGGAUAAAAUGGUUCCUCGUUGGGUUGUGAACUAUGUACAGUUUACUUCCUCUAUGCAUUGUUCUGUAAAUUAUCAUUCAAAAGGGAGGUUUAAGCAAAGCUAAGUAUUUCAGAACAACAACUGGAUAUUUGAAGAGUCUCUGUUGAAAUGUUUUUGGGACCAAAUUGCUCCUUUGUAUCCUCAGUCAUAGACAUGCAGUUAGUAAACAGUUACUACAGGAA